AUGGAGAUAAAGAAUCACACUUUGGUCACAGAGUUCAUCUUGUUGGGCAUCCCACACACAGAGGGGCAGGAGACCGUGCUCUUUGUUGUGUUCCUGAUCUUCUACCUCUGCACCCUACUGGGAAACCUGCUCAUCCUUGUAGCUGUGGUGUCCGAUGCCCGCCUCCACACCCCAAUGUAUUUCUUCCUCUGUAAUCUCUCUGUGUUAGACAUUGGCUUCUCUUCCGUGAGCACCCCAAAGAUGUUGGCCAACUUGCUAGUGAGAAGCCAAGUUAUCUCCCUGGGGGGUUGCAUGUCCCAGGUCUUCUUUUAUCACUUCCUGGGAAGCACCGAGUGUCUUCUCUACACGGUGAUGGCCUAUGACCGGUUUGCCGCCAUCUGCUAUCCUCUGCGUUACACCAUCAUCAUGAACCGCCGGGUGUGUGCCCUGCUGGCUGCUGGGACCUGGUUUACCAGCUCCUUCCAUGCCACGAUUCUCACAACUCUGACCUUUCAACUGCCCUAUUGUGGGUCCAAUGAGGUGGACUACUUCUUCUGUGACAUCUUCCCUGUAGUCAAGCUAGCAUGUGGUAACACCCUUAUCAUCGAGACAGUGAGCUUCACCAACAUUGGCCUCGUGCCCAUGACCUGCUUCCUGCUCAUCUUUGCCUCCUACAUUCGCAUUGUCAUUGCCAUCUUAAAGAUGCGCUCAGCUGAAGGGAGGCGCAAGGCGGCCUCCACCUGUGUGUCUCACCUCUCCGUAGUCACACUGUUCUUCGGGCCCUGUGCUCUUAUCUACACCCAGCCAUCUUUGAGUGAAGUGCUGGUCACCCCUGUGCAGAUCUUUGGCAAUGUAGUCACCCCCAUGCUGAACCCUACCAUCUACACCCUGAGAAACAAAGACGUGAAGGGAGCCCUGAAGAAGCUGGCUGGGGUGCAGAUUGUGUCAGAAGGAGGUCACUAG